UUGUGAAUCGUGCGCAUGCGCUCACUAGCAUCGCUAGGAUAUUAUAAGCGCAGCCCGGAGCGCGGAGCGUGGUUCAGUCUACAGUAUCUGGACCGGACCGAGGCUAGCAGGAAACACUUUUUCACGGCGGAGGAGAUGGGGGACAAAGAGAAGAAGAAGAAGGAUACAAACUCCUCUGGGAGCGACAGAGUCACUUUGAAAAAAGAAAUAGGACUUUUGAGCGCUUGCGCUAUUAUCAUCGGAAACAUCAUCGGCUCUGGGAUAUUCAUCUCUCCUAAAGGUGUGUUGGAACAUGCAGGCUCAGUGGGUCUGUCACUCAUCAUCUGGGUUUGUGGAGGGGGGAUCUGUACCCUUGGGUCCAUGUGCUAUGCUGAACUGGGCGUCACCAUCCCAAAGUCAGGAGGAGACUAUUCAUAUGUGACAGAAAUCUUUGGAGGGCUAGUGGGCUUCCUGUUGUUAUGGAGUGCCGUCCUCAUCAUGUAUCCGACCACGCUGGCUGUCAUCGCUCUCACCUUCUCCAAUUACGUCUUGCAGCCAGCCUUCCAGAACUGCCUGCCUCCAUACGUUGCCACCAGACUCCUCGCCACCAUCUGUGUCUUGUUCCUGACCUGGGUGAACUGCUCCAGUGUGCGCUGGGCGACGAGGAUCCAGGAUGUUUUCACUGUAGGAAAACUUCUCGCUUUGGCACUCAUCAUAGUGGUAGGAAUCGUCCAAAUCUGUAGAGGUUACUAUGAUGCCCUGCGGCCCAGUGAGGCCUUUGAAUUCAGGCAGGAUCCUUCAGUGGGACAGAUAGCGCUGGCCUUCCUCCAGGCAUCCUUUGCCUACAGCGGCUGGAAUUUCCUCAACUAUGUCACAGAGGAGGUUGUGGAGCCACGCAAGAACCUGCCCCGUGCAAUUUACAUUUCCAUUCCGCUGGUGACUUUGGUCUACACCAUGACCAACAUUGCCUACUUCUCCUCCAUGACCCCUGAGGAGCUGCUGGCCUCUAACGCUGUGGCAGUGACAUUUGGGGAAAAGCUGCUGGGGAUGUUUUCCUGGGUGAUGCCUAUCUCUGUAGCGCUGUCCACCUUUGGGGGAAUCAAUGGAUAUCUGUUCACCUCCUCCAGAUUGUGUUUCUCAGGGGCCAGAGAAGGUCACCUGCCCUCUCUGCUCGCUAUGAUCCACCUGAAGAGCUGUACUCCUAUCCCCGCCCUGCUGGUCUGCUGCACUGCCACCAUAUUCAUCUUGUGUAUUGGAGAGACACACAACUUGAUCAAUUAUGUGUCCUUCAUCAACUAUCUGUCAUAUGGGGUAACCAUCGCUGGCCUCCUCUAUCUCCGCAAGAAGAGACCCAACUUGGCCAGACCCAUCAAGGUGAACCUGUUAAUCCCCAUCACCUACUUGAUUUUCUGGGUUGUGCUGCUGGGCUUCAGUCUCUACUCUGAGCCAGUGGUUUGUGGUCUGGGAAUGGUCAUCAUGCUGACUGGCGUCCCCAUCUACUUUGUGGGUAUUCAGUGGAAGAACAAACCCAAAUGGCUUUACAGUUUAGUCGAGAAAAUUACAUACCUGGGCCAGAGGAUGUGUUACGUGGUGUUUCCUCAGGAAGACCCUUCAGAGACUGAACCCCUCACUGCCUCCAAAGCCACAGACUGAGCAGUGCAGUCAACCAGGAAAUCCCUUUUUACAUCAACACCUGUACCAGUUUUUGCGUUCAAAAUCUUUCACAUAGUUUGGUCAGUUUGUGAAUGAUUAAGAGAUGGUUUCGUCCAUGGUCUUGCACAGGUGCAGCCUGAAUGAGGCUGUGAUAAAUCCCCAAGAAGUGGAUGGUUAUACUUAGGGCAUUUGCAUUUUAAGCCCUAAAGCUGGGACAUGUGUUUUAAUUUGUUGGUUUGGUAGUACUGUCUAUCCACUCUCCUCACCAAUAUGCCAAGUUUUCUCUUUCAUAUGGAUCUUCUUCUCAUCUUCUCCAUUCGUCUCCCUUCUUCUUCUCAUCUUCACGAUCACUUCCAAGAUCUUUUCUGAGUACCACUAAAUCCUUGUGCUAAUGUGCCUUAUGAAAUGUAUGUGUUGGUAUAGUGUAUUGGUUUUGUGCGGGUGUGUAAUAACUUUUAAGGGGUAAAUAUGCAAGCAGUUUCUGCACUCAGCAAUACUUCUAUUACGGCUGCUACCUUCAGCUCUGCUUCACUAAUUAUUCACAUGGUUUUACCGUUUGUCAACUUUGGAUAAGUAUUUUUCUGUCUGUAUCUCUGCCUGGCCGUUCAUAAUACUUGCCACCCCUUGUUCUUUUUUGAUUAUUAUAUCUCUGCUCUCUCCUGUGAGAGAUAAUGUAGGUGCCUUCAUGAUCUACUACACUCCUCUUUCCUAGGAAGAGGAAGACGAGAAGUUUGUGGCUGUCAGCUGGAAGAACGGCCGACUCUCAGAAGUUAAUAAGCUGUAUCAUCACAACACAAAAUGCCUGACUGGCUGCUCUUACCGUUUGUUUUUGUAAUGUUUUCCAGCCUCUUCACCUCUUUUUGUCUUUUUAGGUCUCUGAGGUGAGGCUCCAUUGAGCUUGUUGCUUUGGAAAUGUUCUCAUCUCUGGGAAUGCCAAAGUGAACUUUCUUAAGUCAAGUUAUUAGAUUUCAGAUUUCUCAUUUGAUGUUACAGUACAGUACUUACCAUUAACGUGUUGUUGGAUAACAUUCGCCACAUUGAGAGACAGCUGUAUGGUUGGCAUGGAUGUUUACUUGUGCAUGAGCAUGUUCCCACAUUGUCAUAAAAUGUUUCCCCAAAGACACAUCAUCACUUCAAUGAAACCUGGCUCACUGACAGUUUAGAGUUCAACUGACUAUGAUAUCGUAAAUUGAUUAAUUAAAGUCCCACAAUAACUUAUGGACUUUCUAUAGUCCUACUGACUUAACAUAUUGACUUAUUAUGGCCCCACUGAAUUACUAUGGUGCCUCCAAAUUAUUAAGGUCAAACUCACUAUACUUUAACACAGUACGCUAAUUUACUGUGGUACAAGAGACACUGGUGUUGACAUGCAUUUGGGUAAUCCACCUCAGUUUUUCUAUAAGCUGUUUAUGUUGUACAUACAACAGAACACAUGGAGGUUCGGGCCAGUGGCCUUUUUUAAACAUGAUGUAAACCAGCAGGUUCGAACUUGGACUAGACAUUCAGUCCUUUUUCCAGGCCUGGAGAUGCUGGGACUCCGCCCAUGCAUCAAGUCCACAAAAAGACACGCACACUUAAGACAACAUGUAUGUCUGUCUGCGAUGUCCAGGUGCUGUUAGCUCAGUUGAGAUCUGUAAAUACUGUGUAAAGAAAAAACAAACUGUAACAAAUGCGCCAUGGACUCCGGCAAACAUCACAUUCCUCAGACAUGUUGUGAUACAUUUACAUACUGUAUAAUUGAUGGGUGUACCUGUGUUUUGUAAAAGAGUGUGAAGUUGUACAAUGAUAACAAUAUAAUAGCUCAUUAAAUAUAGCAACUUGUCAGAGGCAUCACUUUUUUUUCAUCAUAGACAUGUAUGUGUGUGUUCAGGUGUGUCAAAUAAACCUUCACUUGUG